AUGAACCUUGCUAAUGUCAUCAACUGUGUCUCUAUCUCUUCUCUUUGCACAUUAAAAUACAAUAAUACUUCAGACUUUAAAAAUAAAAAUAUCAGAUCAUAUCCUUACAUAUGGCUUCAAAUUGGCCGAGAAAACCAGACUAUAAACAGAUGCAGUGAGAUAGGAGCUGAUCCAGAGCUUGAUGAGUUCAUGGAAUCAUAUUGUGAGGUUCUUCAUAGAUGCAAAGAGGAACUCUCAAAGCCGUUGGAUGAAGCUACAAUGUUCUUGACCAACAUCAAAUCAAGGCUAAUUGAUCUCUGCAAAGGAACAUUGGUGAAAUCCUUGGAUUAUUUAUCUGAUGAAGCUGGUGGGUCUUCGGAGGAAGAAUUAAGCGGCAGCGAAUCACCGGGCCGGCAGCGUCCGAGCCACGAGAUCAAAGGAAUGCUGAUGCGUAAAUACAGUGGGUAUCUAAGCAGUUUAAAGGAAGAAUUCUUGAAGAAAAGAAAGAAGGGUAAGCUGCCAAAAGAUGCUAGGCUCACACUGCUAGACUGGUGGAACAACCAUUAUAAAUGGCCUUAUCCCACGGAGGAUGAGAAGUUGAAAUUAUCAGAGAUAACAGGACUAGACCAGAAGCAAAUCAACAACUGGUUCAUCAACCAGCGGAAGCGGCACUGGAAACCGUCCGAGGAUAUGAAAUUCUCUCUUCCGGACGGUGUUUCCGGACGCAUCGGUGGUGGUCCGACGUACUUAAAUGCCGGAGAGGGAACCGAAAUUGACGAUAUUUGAUCGGAACAACGGCCUUCAUUGAAGGCAUCUCUUCCCUCAUGUAAAGUUAUUCUCACAAAUAUAUUGAAGUAUGCAAACCAUUAAAUAUGUAAAUGCCUUUCCCCCUUUUUGAAAUUAUUAAACCAAUUUCUAUUUAAUAAGGUGUUAUUAGGGGAAGUUCAUAUUUGUAUUUAUAUUUGUAUUUAAAAG